UUGUUCAAAUUUUGCUCUUACAUUAUCACUUUUUAUAUUUACACACCAACUUUAUAGACGGAGAUAUGCAAACAGAGGCAAGGGUUGGGGUGGAAGGCGGUGGUCCGGCGCAUAAAUUGGUGACUCGUCACCAGAGGCCAUUACAACAUCACGGAUCGCAGAUCGGAGCUAUCCACCAACUCAUCGCCGGUGGUGUGGCCGGCGCCGUUAGCAAGACUUGUACCGCUCCUCUUGCUCGCCUCACUAUACUCUUUCAGGUGCAAGGCAUGCACUCUGAUGUUUCUACUUUGAGAAAGGCUAGUAUAUGGCAUGAAGCUUCACGUAUCAUUAGGGAAGAAGGAUUUCGUGCAUUCUGGAAGGGAAACCUGGUCACUAUUACUCAUCGUUUGCCUUACUCAUCUAUAAGCUUCUAUGCAUUUGAGCACUAUAAGAAUUUACUACAGCAGAUGUCGGGAGUGGAAACUCAUGAGACAAAUUUCGGCAAUGAUGUGUUUGUACGACUUGCAGCUGGUGGCUUAGCUGGUGUAACUGCCGCUUCUGUAACAUAUCCUUUGGAUCUUAUUAGAACACGUCUUUCAGCGCAGACAAAUGUAAAUUAUUAUAGAGGUAUAUGGCAUGCUUUACAUACCAUCAGCAGGGAAGAGGGCAUCUUUGGCCUCUAUAAGGGACUUGGUGCUUGUUUAUUGGGUGUUGGUCCCAACCUAGCAAUUAGCUUUUCAGUUUACCACACUGCAAGAUCUUACUGGCAAUUGCAGAGACCAGAUGAUUCUACUGUCAUGGUGGGCUUGGCUUGUGGCAGUCUUUCAGGAAUUGCAUCAUCAACAGUAUCGUUCCCUUUGGAUCUUGUGAGGCGACGGAUGCAAUUGGAAGGAGCAGCUGGUUGGGGUCAAGUUUAUAAGACGGGUGUGUUGGGUACGUUUGGGCACAUACUACGAGCUGAAGGCCUACGUGGCUUAUACAGAGGAAUUUUACCUGAAUAUUACAAGGUGGUACCCAGCAUCGGCAUUGUGUUCAUGACCUACGAGAAACUUAAGCAAGUAUUAUCAGAUAUAGAUGCUUGCUAAUAGCCAUGGCUGCUGAUUAGUCAACAGGAUCAGAAGUUUAUGACAAAGAAGCCUUGGUAUGCACCGUUUUUAAACAUAUUAUCAUAAACCAGCGAUGCUUAUGACCGUGCCUGUAAAAAAAACAUCAUCCGCCUUGUAUAGAUUAGACGGGUAACGGGAAAGACCCGUUAGUCGUUCCUUUUUCAGGAUACUAAUUUACAAAUCCUGUUGCUAUGUACAUCUUAUAAUAUAGUGAAAUCGCAACACAUUUCUUGAGCUGAGGGAACGAGUAUAUGUUUUUGGAGAUGGACAGUUUUGCCCAUUAGCCAAUGGGUGUUGGGGCCAAGCUUCGGCGUACUUGUACUAAUCUCAUGGUUGUUGAAGAUAACAGUCAGGAAAAUUCACGGUAUGCAUCGGUUAUAGUUUAAAGCUCUUGAAGGGACAAUAUAACAAUUGGAAAAAGCAGCAUAGGAGUGGAAAAGGCUCAAAUAGGUAAACGUUUGUUGUCUUCAAUAAAUCAAUCUUGAUGCUACACUAUAUAAUAAAUAGUUAUAGUCCAUAUUUUUGUGUUUGUGUGUGUUAAUUUCCGAAUACAAUACCCCAAUACCAAUUAUAGAAAAAGACACUUUGUAAGUUUAUUGAAAGAUAAAAGGCUUAUUUAUCAAGAACUCGUCUGUGAUUUCUCGUCUCCCGCAUGUAUUCCCCAAAAUGACCCCCACAAAAACUUGGGUUCCUUCAUAAAGCCUCCAUGGUCAACUCAAUCCUCGAAGG